AUGGGAAAAGAUGUUAAAGCAAAUCUAUGCGGUCUUGGAUUAUUGACCGUUGGUGUUAUGUACAAAUUGCAAAUGGAUGAUUUAGAUAAUAUACUGGCGGAAACGAAUCUAUCAGUUGCACCCAUGUUAUUGAUCGUUGUUGGAUCCGUAAUAUUUAUCAUUUCCUUCUUUGGGUGUUGUGGAACAAUCCGUGAAAAUCAUUGUAUGGUCGUUACGUAUGCUACAAUUUUACUAUCCAUAUUAAUUAUCCAAAUUGCUCUUGGUGUUUACGUUUAUAUGGGAUCAUCUAGUGGUAAUGAAAAACCUGAAGUAUUAAUCCAAAAAGCUGUCCGUAAUGUAUUUGCCAAAUAUAAGGAUGAUCCAAAUGCCAGACAAACUUUUGAUGUUGCCCAAUCAAAUAUGCAUUGCUGCGGUAUUAACGGACCAAGUGAUUACGCUUUAAUUCAUCAAAUGGUAAUUUUACCAAGUUCAUGUUGUAUGGAUGGACGUUCCACAUGCCCAGUUAUCCCAUUAAAUAUUGGUGCCCAAUACUGGACAGAUGGUUGUCUUGAAAAAUUGGAAAAUUUAGCAAGCAAAAUUGGAACUGUUUUGAGUAUUGUUCUAUUGGCAAUUGUUGGUGUUGAGAUUGUUGGAAUUAUAUUUGCACUGUGUCUCGCAAAUUCAAUAAAAAAUUCAGAACGCCGUAUGGGUGUUUAAAAAAAAUAUAUUUUUUUUUUUUU